AUGUUUGCAGCACCCAUCAAUGAUAUGCGAGAGGCAUUGGCAGCGGGCACUGGAGGAGACCUCAAUUUCUUUCCGUUUGCCAUGAUGACUGGGAACACAAUCGGGUGGCUGGCAUAUGGCUACUUUACACAAGAUCCAUUCAUCAUUUCGUCCAAUCUUCCCGGCUUUAUUCUGAGUCUGUGGCUGAAUAUGGGGGCAGCCAAGAUCCAGUACAUGGAAAUGAAAGAAAAGCAAACCACAACUGUUGCAGAACGGAAUCAAGUCAUGCAACGUUGGGAUGCCGACAGAGUCUCGGAGGACACAGAGGAAAACAUGGCUAGGCAGAGAAGAAGACGACAAUCCACAGUAGGAGAAGAAGAAGAAGACGGUCUCUUUCUCACAAAUGAAACAGCCGCUUCAAUUGAAUACUUGCAAAUGACACCCCAAGAGACACUGCUGCUUCGUGUCUUGGUCUUUUGGGCCUGCAUCAUCACAUACACCAGUUGGCUUUAUCCGAGUAGUGGGGAUCCCGCCAACAUGGUGGGAGUCAUUGUCAACAUCAACCUCGUCGUGUUCUAUGCGGCGCCUCUCAAGUCGAUUCAAACGGUUGUGACAGAGAGGAACUCUGCUUCCAUACACUAUGAGACAAUGGUAAUGAACUGGGUAAACACAACAUUCUGGUGCUUGUAUGGAAUGGCCAGAAGGGACGUUGUGAUCCUGCUACCCAAUGCAACGGGUCUCAUGCUGGGAAUUGCUCAGGGGGUCCUGUGCCUCCUCUAUCCCAGGCAACCCAACAGUGGAGGCGCUGCUGCUCGGUUGUCACUACACGAACUCGAAUCGGACUUGUUGCCGGACAGCGCCGAUUCCAAUCCAGAAGAGAUAGUGCCAGAGUCAACCACGGAGCUAACGACCACGGCUAAGGCACAAGGAAAGAAGGCUACAUCACAUGACACCCCAGAGAUCAUCUAA